AUGACAGGAGAAAGGCAAGACCAGGGCGAGCCCAACGUGGAGGACCCAGAAUCUGUUGAGGCCGAGGCCAUACGGUACAGAGACGCUCUCCGCUUACUGGUCGAAACCAUCCGGAAAAAUCAUCCUGACGAAGCCCCCGGGUUGAUUGACCGCAUUCAACGAACCGGAUCCAUCCCUGAGGCUACUCAGCUUUUGCUUCAACUAUCAGAGAAGAAGGAUGCGAGCGAGACACAGGGACAAGGGUCUCCAGGCUCUAAUGCCCAGCAAUGA